AACAUGACACUGGGGAGGAGGGUUAUAGUGCAAGCACAAUGAUUGCGGCUGCAACAGCAAGUGGUUUGGAACACCACCAAGCAGCAGAGCGCCAGGCACUCAUGUCUGAACUGCUGGAAGCUGUCAAGAGAUGCCAGGUGAGAUUUGGUGGACGUGCUGAGCUGGCCACUGAAUCUGAUCCUUGUGUAGCUCUUCUCUGCCACAGGAUGGAAGCAGCUCUUUCUCAUGGGUUACGGUCCCUUGCCAUUUCUAAAACAAGCUCUGCUUUUAGGCACAUGACUGAGAUUGUAUCAACUAGCCUUCACAUAGGCAGAGGAGGUGCACAAGACCAAUUAGUUUUGUGGCAUUACAUACGUGAACACCUGACUCGCCACGAGUACGAGAGGUACACAGCACUACACAAUGUGACUACCGAUGUGGGGCGAGGUCGAGCAUGGCUGCGGGCAGCCUUGAAUGAACGCUCCCUGGAGCGCUACCUACACAUUCUGCUAUCUAGUCCCCAGCUGCUGCAAGCAUUCUACGAAGACUGGGCAUUACUGUUGGAUCAAGAAAUGAGCAGCACUCUGCCCACUAUGGCAGCAGGUCUCGGGUCAAUACUAUUUGCAAUCAGUAUAGAUAAUAGUGAUCUGAAUGGUGGUACUGCUACAAUGGAGACGGAGUCAGUAGGAACACCUUUGAGUCGCAGUGAACCAGUUAUCCCACCUGUAACUAUCUGUGUUACAGAUGCUGAAAGUAAAAAGAAAAAAGAUCAACGAAGACGAAAAAGGGUUCCAGCACAGAUUGUAAACUUUGAUGAUGAACCGUCAGAAAGUGAAACUGCUGGAUCUCCAGCAGACUCUGAAUGCUCUACUGCACCGAAGGUAUCCAUUGAAUCUGCUGAAACUGAAGAAAGACAGCAAAAUUUCUCUAGAGUUGAGCAGGCGGCUGAGGAAGUUGGCGUGGAUGCUGCUGCAGCCAGCCUGACGGCGUGUAGCAGACCAUAUGAUCUCUCACUGCCCUCCUCUGCUGGGAGAAGGAGUGGUAGCCCACCCAGGAGACAUGCCCCCCAGACUUUGACUCCUGUGAACAAUGUGAAUGUUGGAGAACUCAUCCCAGUGUCCCAAGGUGUUGCUAGUGAAGAACCACAUUCUGAGGAUGACUCGCUUUCUGUGCCCAGUUAUUCUGAGGACACUGACCGAGCUGCUGCAGCUCUUCUGGCCACACAGAAGCUAUUGCAGUCAAAUCUAGUGGACAUGUCCCCACAUGAACUGACAUCCUCUAGAAGUACCCAAGACAGCCAUGGUCACUACCAAGUUAAUGGUGAAGUUCGUGAGGCACUGUUCACUGUGCUAGCCUUGAAAGAAGAGUUGCAGGCAGAGUCGAGAUCACUGAAGAAGCUGGUGGAGCAGAUGCAAGAAACAAAUACACAUCUGCAAGCUGAAAUGUCAGAGAAACAAAGGCAGCACACUGAAAAGACGGAGAGACUGGAGGCUCGCAUACAAGCUCUUGCUAGGGAGAAUGAACUCCUAAAACACCAGCUCCGCAAAUAUGUUGGUGCAGUGCAAAUGCUGAAACGGGAUGGCAUGCAAGCAUAUGAAGCACUUGCAAGUCUUGAAGGGCAGCAGUCUCGGCCUGUUGAUCCAGCUGACUACCAUCAUGAAGCUCAGGAGUAUGAGAAGAAACUUAUACAGGUGGCAGAGAUGCAUGGUGAGCUGAUGGAAUUCAACGAUCGCCUGCAUCGUCAGCUGCAGUCAAAGGAGGCAGCAUUGCGACGUCUGAGGGAGGAGUUAGUGGAUUUGCGAGGACCGCUGCCAGAUGAUGCACAUACAUCGGAUGAAGAUGCAGCAUCUGUCACCUCAGACUAUGAUGUUAGCUCAUUAGGUGCUGCAGCACGUGCACUUGUAAAUAUAUGGAUUCCUUCCGCAUUCCUCACCGGAGGUUCUUCAGAUGUCCACCAUGUUUAUCAGGUAUUUGUUCGUAUCAGAGAUGAUGAAUGGAAUAUAUACAGGCGAUAUGCCCAGUUCUACAGUCUCCAUAAGCAGUUGAAGAAACAAGAUGCUGUCUUCACUACUUUUGAUUUUCCUCCCAAGAAGACUCUUGGAAACAAAGAUUCCAGAUUUGUUGAAGAGAGACGAAGACGUUUGCAGCACUAUCUGCGUUGUGUGGUUAAUCACCUUGUGCAGACCAACAAUGAAAUGGCCACAUCUCCAGACAAGGAUCUUCUUGUGUCCCUUGUCCCCUUCUUUGGAGAUUCAUUUGCGGCUCCAGACGACAGAAGCAACUCUCACAAGAAGGGCACAAGUUCUUGCUCUCGCAGCUUGUUUUCACGCUUGGGGCGAAGUGCAGAAACUCGUGCAGCUGAGAACACUCCACAGUACACUGGUCUUUAACUGUGGACUUUGUGAGCCAAACUAUAUUUGUGAGGUGCAAUGUUUGGUGCCAAAAAUUGUUUACUCAGGUAUUAACAGACACUGUACAGCUGUGACUUAUUUCCAAGAAAUUUUAUGGUUUUCAUAUUGCAUAUUCCUCAGGGAAAAAGAAUCCUUUAUCUUAAGUGAUUUGUGUGUGUAAAUAUUGUAUAACAAAAUUAUACCAGGCAACACUAUUCAUGAGGCAGCUGACGUGUGUUCGUUGUUUGAUAUGAUUCAAUAUAAAAUAUUUUUUUUACAUGCAAUGGAAAUAGUGUUUUGUAUCAAUAUCUGCUUGGUUCAUAAUGGGUUUACCUUUUUAUAUUUUAAAAAUGUAGCCCAGAGCAGCAUAUACUAUGCCAUGAAUGUUUAAAGACCUGUGCAGUUCAUAAGUAUUUAUGAUCUUAAAAGUGCAAAUUAUAGAUGUACAACAUAGUGGCAUAUUCCUUUAGUCUAAGGAAUAACUGAAGUAGUGUGUUGAUCUUACUUCAUGUUUCUGAUAAGAAACAGUAACACAUUCCAUGAGUAUCACUGUUAAUAUAAUGUUUUAUUACCUAGUCUUUCUCCUUCAGUGAAACAGGAAUCUUUGUUCUUGAUUAUUUUGUGGCAAUUUCAUGGGUAAACUCUUAAUUAUGUUUGUACUAGCAGACAACAAUUGUACUGUGUUCCUUGAAUGAUAAAAAUGUCUAAUGUUGUCUGGUGGUGUAAUUGAGAGGCAGUGAAAUGUCUAGAAUGGCUUUAAGCAACCUGUGAUAGUAAACACUAUAGAUUUCUUUUUUCCUUUGUUGAUGUAUUUUAUUUAAAAUUUUAUCAGUUCUUCUUUGGAAGGACUUAAGGAAUAAUAAGCAGAGCAGUUAUAACUAAUCAUGAAGCACAUUUAUUUAUAUUUCUUUAAAUAUGUAGCUUAUUGAUUAGCUAUACCUAAUACUGUGCACUUUUGUGUGUAUAUAUUGUUAAGUUGUUUAAUUAGAUCUGAAUUAUGAUUGGAAAAUAUUUUCCUUGAUGAAAAAAAAACUUUUUUUUCAUAGAAACACUCUAUAUGUUCCUUUAUUGAGGAAUAGAUCACUGUCAUAUUCUGAUAGAACUUAAGACAAAUAUAGGACAAUAUAUUAUACCAAAUUUGUGGAAGUGCAUUACAGUUGUUACAGUAUUAUUUUUAUAAUUAUUAAUUCUUGCUGUAACUAUAAAAUUUACCUGGCUAUCAGUGUUCUUUGUCAGUAUUUCAAUGCUCCAAAUGACAUGUAAUAAACAAGAUCUGGAGAAAAGACAAAACUGGAAAUUAUGGUGUUAUAUCAUAAAAAUGACAGCUUGUGAAGUUUCAUUCCUUUAAGCACUUCCAUUUCCUGUAUCCAGGUGUGCAAAUUAACUUUGUUAGUGCAUGCCAACAGUGCAACUGGAGGAUUAAGCCACAUAUCGACCAAGGUCCUUUGCAGACCACUUAAGCAAAAACCAUGGUAUUUUUUGAAAAGGAGGCCACCCUGCCACUCCAUCACUGGCACAAUUCUUAGCAACCACAUGAAUCUGGUUGACAGUGGCCAAUGCAGCUUCCAGCUGUUGGGAAAUGGCAGCCUACUCCUUCAUCACAAUCUCACAACAGCCACAAUCACUUAUUUCUUUCAAGGAAAAAUGGAGAAAUUAAGUGCAAGACUAAAUUAUGCUUAAUAAUAAACAAGGAGCAAUGCACAAACUUGUGCUGCUGCUGCCAGUCACUGAUAGCUGGCAUUGGUAGUUUCAUUAAUCUAGCAAUUUAUGCUGGCUAUUUCACAGAAAAUGUACUACCUAUUUUUGGAUGUGAUGGUACAGAUAAUUUUGAUUUACAAACAUUUGUGUGCUUUCCAACUCCUUGCUUAAUUUAAGUAACAUGCAAAUUAAUAUGCUGGGACAAGGCUUCAACUAAAAGCACAUAUUGCCAUAGUAAAUCUUUAUUAAUGAAAGAUGAAAGUUUUGUCUACUUACGGUUGCCAGAAGAACAUGCCUCAUUCAUAUGAAUGCAAAAUAAGAUUUGACCCUUUAAAGUCAGUGAUGGGAGCACUGUGUGGCCUCACGCAGUGUAGAAUCAUCUGCAUGAGAAGGCUCUGCUAGCGGAUUUGUGACACGAGACUAGAUGCAACAAAAUAAAGAACAUUUCCCAUCCUUUUUGAUAUAGGCUUUUGAUUGGCACUGGCAAAGUUAAAAAAUUACAUACUUUUUGAUUAUAAUAAAUUGCAUAUUAUUUCACAUGGAAUAUAUGGGGUGUCGCUCAAAAUGUCACACAUUGAAAAUUGUUUAUAUUACUUUUAAUAAACAGAACAUCUCAAUUUUUUGUUUUACAUUAUUCAUCAGAAUGUUGAUGCUCCGUGAGCAUGCAGUACUUGUUCAAUAUGUCCACCUUGUUGACGUAUCAUCUCUUAGAGACAAACUGUUGUUUCCAACCAGCCUAGAUCCAAGUCUACUGUGAUUUACUGAAAAACUGUCGAUAGCCACUCACAGCUGGAUUAGAUUUAAUGGUUUUUGUGCCUGCCUUUACAGAUCCCCACAAGAAAUAAUUGGAGAUUAAGAUCUCGGCUCUGUGGCAACCACAUUGAACCACUCUGAAAACAUUAUGGAUAUCAAUGGGUCGUGACACAGUGCCCAAAAUGUUCAUGCAGGAAAUCCAGAAUGUUUGCUUUCUGAGGAUGAGCUCCAUCUUGAAUGAACCAUUGUGUGUCAGUUGGUAACACUAUUGCCUAAAGUUGCAGAAGAAAAUUGUCCUGCAACAAAUCCAUGUAGUGGGCAUUUUUAACUGUGCUGUUGGAAAAGAUUGGCCCAAAUGAUUCCACAGCUGCAAAUGGUGUCCCAUACACUCACUUUUUUCUGUUUUACUGCAAAACUUAGGUUUCGGCUUAUAAGCCCAUUUUCAAGUACAAGUACAUAGUGGGCUUAUAACCUGAAACCUAGGUUGUGCAGUAACAUUUAUAAUAAUAUUGUGAAACAAGGCCA